AUGCGACCAAAACCUCCAGAUAUGAUUGACUUUCCACGGGAAUCUCAAGCUAAUGUUGAAACACAAGCUAUUGCAGCAAUUAAUCGAUUUCGCAUAGCAACACCUCGAACAUUUGUACGUAUGCUUGAUCUUAUUCGAUACAUGUCACAAGGAAAUGGAAUUGUUUCAUCGACGAUGUCCAACUGGCAUUUUUUUCUUUUGAACCGAACUGUUCCAUCUAGUUACUUUGAUAAUACUUAUACCCCACCCGAUUCUCUAUUCAGCGAACCACGAUCAUAUGGUGAAGGUGGCAAUUGUUCGUGCAGUACAAAUGCAAUGUGUACAUCAGCAGCUACCCUUGACGAACGGUUUCUACCAGGUUUUCUUGUCGGCUGUGAACCACUCGAAGCUCUUCUUCAAUCGACUCUCAUAUGUUUGUACAAUUUAACAUGCAUUAAUGCACUCAAAAAUAUGUAUAUCUCGUCGAAUCUCUCUAUUCGGGCACUUGAUCCGACACUUUCAUCACCUAAUAUUACUGUUCGAUCACUUGUCGAUAUACUCAUGAUCGAUCGAUGGGAAAAUAAUACAAUCUAUGAUCAAUACUACUCAUCAUGUGCACCACUUCAAUGUUCUUACUCACUCAAUGAACGAGCUGAUCGUGUGUAUGUUGUGACGGCCAUUACAGGACUAUCGGGAGGACUAAUAGUUGCGCUCAAACUUUUUAUCCCCAUUCUGGUUAAAAUUAUCUGCUAUAUUUAUUAUUACCGGCAACGAAUGGUGAUGCCGAUGACCACAGUGACAGUACAAUAAAUCAACUGAAUACUAAUGCUUUUUAUGUUGUCUGCAUAUCUAAUCAAAUAAAUAAUACAUCACAGUUAUCUUACUUAGCAGCGCUCAGAAUUUAUAAAAAGUUGCUUCAUAUUUUUAAUCUGUUACAGAUUUAUUCUCCAACGUAUCUUGUCAUCGUUGAACUACACUGUAACUACCAUGAGUGAUAAGUUCAAGACACUGUAGUUUGCAAUGCAUGAUCGUAAGUUAAGGCUCUUAUAAUACAUAGAGAAGUACCGAUAAAUAGAAAGAUUGUAGAAUUUCUAGUACUUAGACUAUGGGAAUUUCGUUAUAAAAAUUUUGACAAUGUCCAACAUUGUCAAAAUUCUCUUGGAAUUACGGCAAUAAUGAAUUUUGUUGGGUAACUCAUUGUUCAAUUUCUACUAGAAUAAUGAUAACAAUAACUUUUGCUGGACGUUUCACUGUCCGAUUUUCAAUAGAAUUCAGAUAAUGUGCACAGUCCAUAGUAGUAUAACGAAUUAGUUAUAUGUCCAUUAGUACAAUAUCAAAUCGUUGAACUAUUCAUAGAGAACUAUAUCCUUUAUAGGCGUGCAUCUUGUCUUUCUUUUGUUUUUCAUUAAUUUCCUAGUAUUUUAACCUACAAGUGACGUUCAUUGUGUAGCGAUUCAUUUAGCCCUAGACUGACAGAAUAGACAUACGGAUACAGUCGCAUUUAGCUAUAAAGCUACAUUAAAGGAAAUAAUAGAAGAGGGGUGUGGGUGUGGGUGUUGAUCUUCUCUUCAGCCACACCUACACCCUACACCCACCCACCCACACCCACCCACACCCACACCCUCAAGUCAAUGAAGAAUAUAUGUCUAUAAAUAAAUAUAAAACAGAUGAUUUGAUUUCGAGUUGGGUUGAGUCAAGUACCCGACCCGAUCCGACCCAAUCCAG